AGUGUUGGUCUGCCUGCCAGCCAGUCAGCCAGCCAAGCGGGACAGCUAGACAGAGGAGGAGAGAGGGAAGGAGGGAUUCAGGCUCUGCUGCAAACGGGAUGCAGAGAGGAGCUGAUACUGCAGCACAGGACGGAGGAAGAGUGGGGAGGCUGAGACCCGGGUAUGAAUCACUGCAGGGGACAAAGAAGAAAUCUGACUUAAGGACGAGGCCAAGAUCAAGCUCCCCACUGUGGCCCCCAGUCUGCUCCUUCACUAUCACUGUGGCUCCAGGCUCAGGAUGGAGAGCACCAGAGGCAGAGAGCAAACUGUAAUCUACUGCGGCAGCAUCAGCUGCUGGCUGAACACCUCUGAUCACAUCUCAGCUGGGGGGUUUCAUGCCCUGGGACAGCCCUGGUAGACCAAGGGAGGAAGAAGUGGGAGAGGAGGAGCAGGCGGCGGGAGGCUGGCCCAGAGGAGUGGUGGAGGGUGGUGGUUUCAGCUGCCUGCUGUAUUUUUGUAUGUGGGAUCUCCUGAAUUAAGCGAGCUGGCUGGAAUAAAGAUGUAGUGUGAGCUGGUAGAAGGAGGGGGACGGAAUAAGGAGCGUGCUGUGCUGAGGAGAGGAGAGGGCUGGACGUCCUGGCUUGACGGACGGACCAGGCAGACGGACAUCUAAGGGGAAGACGAAGACCAAGGGUCCACUGGGUCAGGAAGAUGCCCUCUCGCUUCAGGAACACGCUGAACAUCGUGGUGACCACCCUCUUUGCUGCGGUGGUCCUCUUCACCAUCCUGCUGGCCUACGUCACAGGUUACCAGUUCAUCCACACUGAACAGCACCACCUUUCCUUUGGCCUCUAUGGUGCCUUCCUCUCCCUCCACCUCUUUCUUCAGAGCCUUUUCGCCUUCCUGGAGCAUCGGCGCAUGAGGAGUCCCGCCCGGCCUCAGUACCUCCGUCGCUCUGUGGCCCUCUGCAUCGCUGCCUUCCAGGAGGACCCAGACUACCUGAGGAAGUGCCUGCGCAGCAUCCGUCGAAUCUCCUUCCCUGGCCUGAAGGUGGUGCUGGUGGUGGAUGGGAACCGGCCAGAGGACCGCUACAUGAUGGACAUUUUCCAGGAGGUGAUGGGUGGGGCUGACCAGGCCGGCAGUAUGGUGUGGAAGGGAAAUUACCACAGUGAUGGGAGUGGAGGGGAAGGUGUCGGAGGUGGAGGGAGGAGCACAGUGCACAUGGAGGAGGCGGCACGAGUCGCUCAGUUGGUCAGAAGCUGUCGAUACUCCUGUAUCAUGCAGGAGUGGGGAGGGAAGAGAGAGGUGAUGUACACUGCCUUUAAAGCACUGGGGGACAGUGUGGACUAUGUACAGGUGUGUGACUCAGACACAGUUCUUGAUCCAGCAUGUACCAUCGAAAUGCUGAAGAUCCUGGAGGAAGAUCCGAUGGUGGGAGGAGUUGGUGGUGAUGUACAGAUCCUCAACAAGUAUGACUCGUGGAUCUCCUUCCUCAGCAGUGUGCGCUACUGGAUGGCCUUCAACAUCGAACGAGCCUGCCAGUCCUACUUUGGAUGUGUGCAGUGUAUCAGUGGCCCUCUGGGCAUGUACAGGAACUCCCUGCUCCAGCGCUUCCUGGAGCCCUGGUACCACCAGACCUUCCUCGGCUCCAAGUGCAGUUUUGGCGACGACCGCCACCUCACCAAUCGGGUGCUCAGCUUUGGCUACAAGACGAAAUUCACAGCACGGUCGCAGUGCCAGACUGAGACACCAACCCAGUAUCUGCGUUGGCUCAACCAGCAGACUCGAUGGAGCAAAUCCUACUUUCGUGAGUGGCUCUACAAUGCCCUGUGGUUCCACAAGCACAGCCUCUGGAUGACCUAUGAGUCUGUGGUCACAGGCUUCUUCCCCUUCUUCUUGGUUGCAACUGUCAUCCAUCUCUUCUACCGUGGAAGGCUAUGGAACAUCCUGCUCUUCUUACUGACGGUUCAGCUGGUUGGGAUGGUGAAGGCCACCUAUGCCUGUUUCCUACGUGGUAGCCUGGUCAUGAUUUUCAUGUCACUCUACUCUCUGAUCUACAUGUCCAGCUUGCUCCCUGCCAAAAUAUUUGCCUUGCUCACCAUCAACAAGGCCGGAUGGGGGACGUCAGGCCGCAGGAAGAUUGUCAUCAACUUCAUUGGCGCGGUGCCUGUCACGGUGUGGGCCUUGGUGCUGCUGGGAGGUGUGGUGUAUACAGUCUACUGUGAAACGCAGGAGCCCUUCAGUGAGACAGAGAAAGCCCUGUUGAUAACAGGGACAAUACUCUAUGCCUGCUACUGGCUCAUUCUGCUGGUGCUCUACCUUGUGAUCGUAGCCAAACGGUGUAACAAGAGGGAGGAGCAGUAUCACCUGCCGUAUGCUGAGGCAUAGACCUGUUACCAGACAGACUGGUGGACAUUUGCACCAGCCACAUCUCACUGUAGUGUGGUCUCUGUUGACCCUGUGCACUGCUAGAGUGAUGAACUGUGGAGCAGGAACACACUCACAUCUUCAUCACUGGUGCUAAAAAGGUGACUGGAUCCAUACAGCUCUCCCAUUCUUAUCAUUCUCAAUGGUGCUUCACAUCGAAUAACCAAACCAAAAGGAACUGACCAAGGUUAUUAAGUGUUGUAAUACUGACUAUUAGAACAUUAGGUAGUUUAUGGGUACAGAUUAGCUGUCUGCAGUCUGGUGUCUCUAAUUGACAUAAAGCAGGAAAAGGCGCAAAAUAAGAGUCAGAGACAUAAAGAUCUUAGUCUCCGUUUUUCGUGUUCUUCAUUUUAAUAAAGAUGAGAUGUAAUCAAAUGUAAUGGAACUGAGCUUCUAUUAUAAACACCAACAAAUAAAAUAGACAGGCAUUUCUCUCAGAUUAAGGAACCUCAGAUGGAUUGAAAUUCAUCUGAGAGGAGUUCAGACACAAGACAAAGUCAGUGUAACACAUGGUGCAACUGCCUCCAGAAUCGAUUCAAAGACUUGACUAAGCAGAAAUGAAUAGAUGUGAAUCUGCAAAGAUGUGUCAGCACAAAAUGAAAAUUGCCCUCAACCCUUACAAACCCUCACCCCCCCUUACCCAGAAGACACACACACACACACACACACACACACACACACACACACAAUCUAUUUGUAUAUGAGUUCUAACCUAGCUACAGCUACAUAUAGUUGGUAUGGAAUUGUUUGUGAACAACAAACAUUAACUGAAAAAUCAGUCCAGCUAAACUCAAGUGAAAACUUGUUCUGUCAACACACCUUAAAGCACAGGUGAGGGUUUUUACAUGUCCAUGAUCAUGCCAUAUGUGUGUUGAAAGCAUUGCUGGUUGCUGUAAUCAUUCCUCUCCUCUUCCCUUCUCAUUCUAUCUAUCACUUUCCAGACUGUCCUGAAGCAGUAGCUCUGCUCAGACGACAUACUUUAACCUCUUGUACUGUAAACACAACAAAGACAGUGAACAAGUUUAUUCCCAAAUGUCAAAGUAACAGAGUUUCACUGGGAUUAGUAACUGUGAUAUAAUUAAUUAAUUUCAUAUUGUAAUCCUGCACAUUAGAUGCUAGUCAAAACAGUAACCAUGUUACUUCAACAGAUCACUGAGUAACAUGUUCCUGCUCAUCACUGAAUAUGAGGUUGCAGCAGACUGAAAGUAUUUUCCUCUUUCUCUUGUUUCCACUCUGUUAAGUCAAGGACACUUUAUCCCUCAGACAGUGCAGUUUAGUCACAGAGGGACAGACAGGUACAGGAGAAAAGAUCACGACCUAAAACUCUUAACAAACAUUAACACACAAGAACUGUAUGAAGAUGGACUUUAACGUCCACAGCGGUCCUUUAAGUGAUCACAGCAUCCUGAGGCUGGAUGCUGCAUCUGAGGCUGGAUGCUGUGAUGGUGUUGACCAGCCUUGGUGUUCUCUCAUCAGCCAUAAACAGCACAAUCACCUGCUCCAGCUGUUUUCUGUGAAACAGCUGUGAUUUACCAGACAAUCUCUUUCUCAACAUGUGACCUGCAGUUGCAUUUUUGGUGCUGUUGAAGUGUCCAAUGAGUAACUUAUUGUUGUACAUUGUGGUCCAAUGCUCAGCUGAAAGUAGCCAUGGGUCGUAGUUUCAUUCAGAGAUGUUUUUAUAUAUAGUCAUGUUUACAUGUUGUAAAGCUGUCAGAUGAUGUUUUACUACUGGACUUUCUCCUCUCUUACCUGGACAGGUGAAUGGUUUUUUUUACCAGGUGUAGACUUUGUUCAUUCAUUCCACCAACAAGAGUAAUGACUGAAAACCAAAGAGAUUUCUUCAAAGUGACGGCUCUGUUUUUAUUUCAGAUGAUUUCAGAUCAGUGUGAGCACCUUCACCAUUAUCUGUGGACAUUUCCUCUUUGUACCAUUUAAAUUAUGUUCAUAUUGUUUUAUUCUGAGUGGGCUGUAUGUUUUAACUUGAAAGUUCAGAAAAGACACACACAUUAAAAGAAAGCUGUGUUUCUGGUCUGUCUCGGCCUCUCUGAUGGUCGAGCAGCGAUGCAACACAUCCUGUUUCCUGAUUUUCUGCUGUUUCUCUCUGGCAUUUCACUGGAAUUUUCCUAAGUCAUUCAAAUUCAUUCUGUUUUUGACACAAUCCUCCCAUUCAUAGUAAACUCAAAAUGUCUCCAUGAUUUAAAUGACUGCUCUGACAUUUUCCUCAAGAUGUUUCAAUGUUCUGAUCAGAUCUUUUCUUCAGUGUUGUAUGUUCACUCAGAUAAAGAAGACUGGACCAGAGCAUCUAUGUUUUAACAUGAGAGGCCUAAAAUACCUGAUGAAUGAAUGAAUCUGCUCAAUGACAGGUUGUAGAGAUCAACCUUUCUUCUUUUGUCAGUGGAAGUAAACAGUCAGGAAGGACAGUAAACAAAGGUCUGAAAGGUCAAACCAGGGUCACUGCAAUUAUAUGAUUUGUGAAUCAUGAGGCCAACAGAUGCUCACCACUGUCAGAGUCGGUCUGUUCUAUCUCGGUAAGUUUUCUAUGAAGCUUGCUGUGGGUUCAUUCAGUGUCCCUUGUCACCCCAGUUUGCUCCAUCACAUGGUGCUGUAUGUUGAAAAUGAGUGCUUGGAUUUUCUGUCUGUAUCAGUAGAGGUCAUCUUCCUCAGGGCAAAGUGAACAUUUCCUGUCACCUGUUCAUUUGUGGAGUGGAAACAGAGAUUAUGUGUAUUGUAAAUAUUGUUUUCAGGCCUGCCUGAGGUGGAGAGGUUGUUUUUUAAUAAAGAGAAAAUGUAAUAAAGGA